AUGCAGUCGUCGCACCUUUUACCACAAGUCCCUGGAAAGUGAAGCGCUCCACUUCUUCCUUCACUCACACGCUCCAAACAACCCGACACUACGGACCCGUUUCCUUCACUCUUGUUUAGGUUAAACAGCUCGGGGACUUUGUAUCUUUCUAAAGUGAUGCGUUUUACACACGGAGGUUUAUUUUCUUCAUAAACUGCAGCCGGACUGUCCGUGGUCACUCUGCGCCGCCAUCCGCUCGAGUUGUCGUUGUUUGAGCUUGAGACGGUGUGAACAGUGUUGGAAUGCAAAAGGAUUACCAUCUGACGUUAAUUCAAAGGAGGGGAAGCAGUCAGACCCCAAGAUUACACAUUUUCUGAUCUUUGGCCCACUAAAAUGCCUCUGAGGUGACAAUGUCUACAAUGAAGCACGUUAUCCUGCAGGAGAAAGACCAGGGCAGUGAAAGGAAGCUGGACUGGAGCUACAUUGAAUGGGCUGAGAAUGAAGUUGUCACGACAGGUGUGGCAAAUGCCGAGACACAAACGGACUCAAGGUUUUUUGAGGACAAGGGGAGUCAGACCAGCAACCCAGUCAUUAUGCACAUAGAUCUCAAACGGACACACUCCAAGCUAAGACAGUUGUCACUGGCAGACACUGACAGCUUCGUGCCACCCUUAUUUCAGUUUGACCGCCAGGCUCCAGGACGCAUUUCCACGUCUCCCACCUUGAGGAGGAUGAGGAGCACCAGGCGCUCUCUUAUCGAUCCUGCUAGGAUGGGGAGCACUCAGGAGGAACCUUCACCUGAGCGCAAGACAUCACCCAUUUGCUCCCAGUCUCCUGUGCACAGAGUGAAGUCUCCUCUUGCAUCGACCCCCCUCUCCGAUGGAGAGACCAAUCACAAUCAUCAGGCAGUUUCAACCUCAGGACGACAGAGAACCAGAACGCAAAGAUCAAAGACUUUAGACAACAGCAUCGCUUCCAACGGACGAGACUGUCGCAGUGCUCAUCCUACCCUUAUUAAUAAUUUUGUAUUUGCUGAUGGUGAGAUACCGGAGAAGGAUCACUGCCAUAAUAGGUAUCAGGAACGGAGGCGGAGCUCCGUGGUGGUCAGUUUGUCUGGACUGGACGUUUCACCAGGAGACCUUUUCGUAUCCAACGGAGUAGCCCACAUAUUAUCCGAUUCAAACUUCUCCGAUACCAAGAAGUCAAAGUGGCCUUUUUCACGGCGUGGCACGACUAAAGGGAAGCUACAGACGGGCACAGUGUCAGAUAUUGAAAAAUAUCUUUCAACCGCACAGAUUCAAGACUGGAAAAACACAGAGCUGCAGAAAUACAAGGACUACUCUCUGGCCGAUUUCCUGCGGGACCAGUCCUCCCAGGUGAGCGCCGACUCUGACCCUGCAGGCUUCAAGAGGCACGAGGCCAUCUGGGAACUCUUCACCAGCGAGUGCGUUUACUUCCUGGAUCAGCUCAUGGUUCUCAAAGAGGUGUUCUCGGCUACGCUCACAAACCUGCAGCAGAGGAACUGCCUGACAGAUGUUGACUUGUGGAGGCUGUUUGCGAAUCUCAGUGAGCUUUGCCUGGUGAGCUUUGGUUUCCUGAACAACCUCCUGCGCGUCAUCAGGGACACGUUGGAGAUUACAGAGGGUGGCGGGCCCACCCUGCUGGAGCUGCUGAGCAAGGUUUUCCAGGAAAGCAUAUGCCACUGCCUGCAGAAAUACUGCCUGAACUACACCACGGCUCUGCUUUAUCUGGACAGCCUGAAGGCCAGGGAUGACUUUGGAUCGUACGUGAAGUGGUGUGAGAGGAACGAGCAGUGCCGACGGCUGCAGCUGCGCGAUCUGCUGGUGGCGCCGCUGCAGAGGCUGACGCGGUACCCGCUGCUGUUGCGGAACAUCGCGAAGAGGUGUCGGGCCGAGGAGGAAGCCAGAGGCCUGCAAAUUAUAGCGGAGCAGGUGGACACGUCAAUAUGUGAUUUGGAGGGAAAGGUAAAAUGGUUGGAUAACUACCAGAAAGUGAAACAGCUGAGAGAUGCCCUGGUGUGGCUGCCUGUAUGGGAGAGAGACAAGCGCGCCUUCAUCCCCGAGAACCUGAAACAUCUCCUGAAGGCCGUCACCCUGGAGAAUCUCAUUGCUCAAAGAAGUCUGCUGCACGAAGGGAAACUGGUGCUCACGGAGAACGCGAAGCUGAUCGAAGUUUACCUGUUCCUGUUUGACGAAUUCCUCCUGAUCACGAAGAUAAAGAGAGGCAAGAAGAAGUCCAUCGGUCCGGAGCAGAAUCCCCUGAGGCUGCCGCAGAACCUGGAGAUGGACCAGCUGCUGAAGGAUGGAUGCACGUUCACGAUCCUCGACCAGCCCAUCUCUCUGGACCGACUGCAGCUCAAGAACAUCGAUCAGCUAAACGCCUCCACAUCUGGCCUGCCUCAUUCUUUCAUAAUAAUGCACCAGAACCGCUACCAACAGUUUAUCGGCGCAUUCGUCCUGCAAGCUGCGUCAGAAUCUGUCAAGAGGGUGUGGAUGUCAAAGAUAGAGGGCGCUGUGACGGCGCUGCUGAAGCUGGACUCUCAGCAGCCGCGAGUCAAGAGCUCCUCAGCGUGGCUGGAGUCUUCCCAGAUUUGAGACGUCACACAGCACUAGGAGCCACCUGAAAUGUCUCGACUGUCAAUGUGCACUUCACUGUCCCCUGAAAUACCUGAAAUAUAAGCACUAGGAUUGUUUUGUUAAAUAAAUGUGUGCCUGCAAAGGCAGCUGCUGCGUUAGAGUUCAAUAAAUCUGAUUACAGUAGUAAAA